AUGCUAGACACUGAGACGACUGAAGAUUAUUCAUCAGCUCAUACUGUUGAAGAGGAUGUCACUCAAAGUUCAUCGCAAACCUUUAUAGAAGAAAGUACUACCCGAUUUUCUCCGCUUCCUGGCCAGACAACACAUGAUAGCACAAUAUCAACAGCAACAACGGGAGAACCAGGGACAGGAACAGCAAUAACAAUAACGACAACAGCAACGCCGACAACAACAAUCACAACAACAACAUCGUCAACAACAACACCAGCAAUCCCACAAACAACAACAACAACUCCGACGACAACAACAGCAAGCUCAGGAGUCAAUAUUAAUUCAUAUCAUGCUUUGUUAGCAGUUGGGAUCAUAAUACUAGUAACACCAAUUAAGUUGUUAAUGUGA